GCUGCUGAUACGACCCAGCUGAGGAUGUACAGCUUCAUGGGAGGCGGGUUGUUCUGUGCCGGAGUUGGGAACAUACUCCUCAUUGUCUCCACGGCAACUGACUACUGGAUGCAGUAUCGUCACUCCAGCAAUUACAUGCACCAGGGGCUGUGGCGGUACUGUGUGCCCGGGAAAUGCAUGACACACACAGACAGCAUCGCGUACUGGGACGCCACCAGGGCCUUCAUGAUCCUGUCCCUGCUGGCGUGUUUCAUCGGCAUCGUCAUCGGUGUCAUGGCCUUCAUUCACUACUCCUCCUUCGACGGGUUCGACAAAACGUUUGCAGCCGGCAUCCUCUUCUUCAUUUCCUGCUUCUUUGUGCUGCUGGCGAUGGCCGUCUACACAGGGGUGACGGUCAACUACUACGGCAAACGCUAUGGCAGCUGGCGCUUCUCCUGGUCCUACAUCAUGGGCUGGGUGGCAGUGGUGCUCACCUUCUUCUCAGGUAUCUUCUACAUGUGUGCCUACCGGAUGCACGAAUGCCCGAGAAACUCCAACUCACGCUGACCUGCCCGAC